UUUGGUACUUGUUUUGUGUUAUUCACAGCGGUUAAUACAAUUGGUCUGUUCGAACGGUAGCUCUCGCACUUGCAACACUCUUCAACCAAACAAAGUGCAGUGAAGGAGAAAGAAAGACAUACAAAUAAAACAGAAGAAUAAGAAAAACCGUCACACAUUAGAAUUGAAUUCAAACGUGCCUAACAGUGUACGGCAACAGUUUUCAAAGCCAUUUUCAUAAGAGUUCAGUGCGACCGUGUUCAACUUCACAAAUAAUAUCAAACGAAUGAAGAAAUAGAAGUGAAAUACCAAAAGCACGCAUAGCACCAACAACAACGAAAAAUAAUUUGGAAUCGAAGAAGAGAGGAAGAACAACAACGGCAAGUGCAAAACUAUAGUUUAACACCACCUAAAUUUAUAAAUUUAGUGCGACACCACGAAGACAACACGGUGAAAUGGCAUGCCUCAACAGAUUGAAGUUGGAGAUAGAAACGCUAAAGAAAACAUUCACAAAAAACCACGAACGGUUUCGAAUUGUGCAUGCCAGCGUCGAUGAGAUGACCUGUCGAUUUAUCGGGAAUAAUGGCAAAAACUACGACAUCCAUGCAAACUUAACCGAGACAUAUCCAUCGUCGCCACCGGUAUGGUUUGCCGAAAGUGAAGAGGCCAACAUUACGGAUGCCGUUCAUAAACUAAGCACAACAGAAGGUCAAAAUAAUCACGUUUUGAAUCAAGUGAAUAUUUUGUUACGUGAAUUGUGCGAUUUGCAUAAAGUUCCGCCGCCAAGUGAAUUGGACACCUUACUGUUACCUCCAAAUGUCGAAUCACUCAAUGCAACACUUCAUCAGCAAAGCGAACCAGCCGCUGUUGAAGAAAAUGAUGCUGAAGACGAUGAUUCCCUUGAAUCGGAGCCAGAAAGUGAAGUGGACGAAGAUUUCUUAAUGGAAUUGGAUGAUGUACGCAAUGCGAAGAAGAAGGACGAAAUAGACACAAAAUACUCCGAAACUUUGGAAAGACUUGAACAAAGUCGACGUCAGAACUAUUUGAAGGGAUCUGUGUCUUCGUCAUCAUUGCAAGCAACGGAUCGACUUAUGAAAGAAUUGCGUGAUAUUUACCGCUCGGAAUCGUUCAAAAGUAACAUGUAUUCCGUUGACCUGGUCAACGAUUCGAUUUAUGAAUGGAAUGUUAAAUUACGUCACCUUGAUCCAGACAGCCCACUGUACAAAGACUUACAACAAUUCCAUGAAACCACCGGCCAAGACUGCAUCAUUUUGAAUUUCAAGUUCAAGGAAACGUACCCAUUCGAGGCACCGUUCGUUCGGGUUGUUUCGCCAGUAAUUGAGCGUGGUCAUGUAACGAUCGGCGGCGCCAUUUGCAUGGAACUGUUAUCUGUUGGCUGGAGUUCAGUUUACACAGUUGAAGCGAUUAUCAUGCAAGUUUCAGCGACUUUGGUAGCCGGAGAAGGCCGUAUUCCCCCACAGAGCAAGAACAAGGCAUUAGGUGAAUACACUCUAGAAUCGGCCAAACAGGCAUUCGCAAGAGCAGAACGAACACAUGGCUGGAAAAACACUACUACUACUACUUAUUCUCUAGGCGGACGUUAGUCAAUAACAAAUCUAACACUUAAACAUCGAUUAUGAAUUUUACAGCGUAUUUCAUUUAAAAAAGAGGUGACGUCUCCAUCUGCCAAAAACUUCAAUGGAGAUGAGUAAAAUUAGCUGACAAACUGCUGUAUAACUGAAAUGUUCUACCCAUCUGACACAAUAAAGCAUUGGAAUACACAUUGUA